CGGGCGGGAAGUUUAAAUGGGGCUCGCGCUGGCGCGGGGCGGUCAGUGUGCGUCCAGGCGGCGGAGAGAGCGCAGCGAGCGGUACGAUGGUCCGGACUAAGGCAGACAGCGCGGCACCCAGCGGGAGCGGCAGCUACAGGAAGGGUGAGAGCACUUACCGGCCUAGCACACCCUGACUGACCCCGUCACUGCCCGGCCUGGCCGUGUGUCCGCUCGGUAAUGGCGGCUGGUGGGAUCCUGUCAGGGAGGGCACCGAGCUCCGCUCCCGGUUAAUAACUCCGGCUGUGUCCGCUCUCACUGUCCGGCUAGACACCGUGUCCGAGCUACCGAGAUGGGCGAUUUGGCGCCAAGUUCCCGGCUGGAGCGGAUCCUGCUCUGUGACCCUCAGCCAGCUCCCGCCAUCCGGCCGCCAGACUGUACAUACAGCCCAUAGGGAUAGCUGCACCGUGGAACUACAACUCCCGGCAUGCUCUGCUCUCACUUUAGGCGCUAAAACCUAUUGGGGAGAGGUUUAACCCCAGCCCUGCUUACUGGGUUACAGCACCAUACUCCACCAUAAAAUCACACUAUUUAUAGCUUUAUUGCUAUAGCUUUAUAACUAACUUUAAUUUGUUUUUGUUGAACGCUAGAAAUAUAUUGGGGUCACACUUCAUUAUCUUACUGGUGUUGACUGAUAUUAGUGUUUGCAGUGGAUAGCCUUGCCUUAAAUCUUGGAUCAUUACUUGUUGCUUUUAAUUCUUAAAGGAUGAAAGUGGCUUCCUUUUCCUGACAGUCACUCUUGCCUAGACUGUGUAUGUAUGACUGUUUCUGUGACAGUGUAACUUAACAUGGUUUCUCUUUUUUUGGUGGUCCUUUAUCUCUCAAUAUGAAGCCCUGCUCUAUGCUUCUUGGCUACUCUGCCUGUUAGUGGGCAGCCAUCCUCCUGUAAUAGCCACUCUCAGCACACACAGCUACACACGCGUACUGAAAAGCGGUGACUGUUAUAAAAUGCAGGAUUAUGUUACACUGACACAACUUUAUUUCAAUAGUGUUUUUGCUGAGUAGAUCAUAUCCCUUUUCUCCUUUGCUGCCCCCCCCACUUCUCAGUCUGAUUUUGUUUGAAACUAAAUUGAUGGUGGCUGUCAUUAUAUGGACACUAUACAUUUUUUCUCCAUUCAGAUUUGUUUCAACUUGACUUGCGUCAUUGCCCUCAAAAUAAGAAAUGUCGUUGAAUUUACCUUACUUGCCAGAUCUGAGGUGGAACAGCAGCUCUAUAGUCUGUCAGAAAGCUGGCUGAUUUGUCAAGUGUAGUUGAGCAUUGGGGACAUAAAGUACAUGUGAAGGAAUUAUCACGCAAUGUGAUGUUUCUUAAAAGUCUAAGUGAGCUUUUCAUAGAAAUACAUUGGAUUCAAUGUAUUAGAACCACUGCCACCUGCUGUAUUUGUUCACCAGCUCAGACUCAGCUUUAAGGCAAUAAAUUACCCUUUGCAAGAAUAUGCACAGAAUUGACAUAAACCAGCCUGGAACAAGAUGAUACAUAAACGCUGCUAAUGGCAUACUUACAUCUUCAGCAGCUAUAUAAAAAAAAAAAUUUCUUAGUGAAAUGUUUCCUGUAUGGACUCCAAGGCCACUUCAAAACUCUGAAGUGGUUAUGGUGUUUGAACUAAACCUUUAACCUCAUACAGUAGAUUUACAAAGUUCUGCACCAGUAUCUAUUGUGACUAACUGGCAUUUUCAAACAUGAACUGACACCUACCAUCUUAAAUCUAAACUUUAUACAUUCUUCAUAUCAGUCUUAUUGCAACACUUCAUACACUGCACAUGGCUGAUGUAUGCUUUACAUAAUUUUUCUUAACUGUUAACUGGCUUUUUUUUUUUUUUUUAAACAACCUGUUUUUUCUUAAAGCUGUUGCUGCCAGAGCCCCAAGGAAAUCAUUUGGAAGCCCUGGUCCCUCUAAUAAUGUUACUUCACCAACUGGGAAAAAGGGUAAGUAGGUUACUCAUUGGAUAUCCAAUUUCUUGAUUUUCUUGGAGUAUCCAGUGUUGCUAUGUUAAGGCUAGGUUUAAUUAAUGUUAAUUCAAUUCACUUUUAUAGCUGAUAAAUAUGCUGGUGGUAAUCCAGUGUGCGUUAGACCAACUCCAAAAUGGCAGAAAGGUAUAGGGGAGUUCUUUGGCUCUCCCUCAACAAGUCAAGGAGAGAAUGAGAAUCAACCUGAAAAAGAAAAUCGUAUUCCUUCAGAAGAUGAAGAGGAGGCUGGAGGCAGUGGUACAUCUAAAGCUCCAAGAAAGUAAGUUUGUUUGGGGCUUUUUUUUUUUUUUUGUUAAUAUCUUUUUUAUUAAACCUUUUCGUUUUUGUUGAUUUUGCAACAUGUCAAACAGUGUAAAGUAUGUUCCUUGCACAGAUGAGAUGCUUUAAGUUAUAAAAGUUUAGACAUUACAGAAAAUGUCAAGUAUUUAUGCAAUUGUUUGGGGGUUUAACUUUACAAUGGCAUAGAGCCAUGAUGUGUCUGUACAAUGUCAGUAUGCCGGUACACCGGAAGUCACUCAAAUGUAAUGCAUAUUUCUUGUCUGUUGCAGAUCUCGCAGACUUCCCUCAGAUGAUGAAGCUGCCUCAGAUGAUGAAUAAGACUUUUGGACAAGUUAACAUGUUUGUCAUUUUUUACUGUUGUAUAUUUGUAAAUAAAGUCUGUAGGUUUUUUGUACAGAACUGUUGAUGUUCUCUUGGUUGCGGUCAAGUUGGGUUUUAUAAAUGGUUUCUUAAAAUCAACCUGCCAUUCAUAAAUGCAUGAGUAGAUUCUCU